CCCCCCUAAACUCCAGACAUUCGCAUUCAUCCAGGAAACCUCCUUCUUGACUAACACAAUCUACAUCCAAAAUGGCUGACCAACAACAAUACCGCGACGCAUUCGCCCUGUUCGACAAGCACGGCAACGGCCACAUCGAGCCUUCCCGUCUCCCUGACCUUCUGCGCGCUUGCGGACAGAACCCUACCCAGGCUGAGUGCGACGACGUUGUUGAGAGCGUCAAGGGUGAAGUUGACUACCCAACCUUCCUCGAAAUCCUUAACAGACCAGAUGGAUUCCGUCCCAUCGGCGAAGCCUCGGAUUUCGUUCGCGGAUUCCAGGUGUUUGACAAGGAGGGUACUGGCAUGAUUGGUGUCGGUGAGCUUCGUUACGUGUUGACGCAGCUGGGUGACAAGCUUACGGAUGAGGAGGUUGAUGAGCUGUUGAAGGGUGUUGCGGUUAGGGACGGGAAUGUUGAUUAUACGGAGUUUGUAAAGAUGGUGCUGUCGUCAUAAAUGCGUGCAACGGUAGGAGUGAAGGAUAACGGAUGACGAGGGAAAGAGGAGGAAUGUGAC